AUCUUCGGAUUUCAAUGGAUAUCUUGUGAUUUUCCACCAUUUCCAGAAUGGCAGAGGGGGAUAUAUCACAAAAAUACACUAAUUGGAAUACCACGGAUUUUAAUCUUAGUGAUUCUAGUGUAUAUUCCUCGAAAAAUGUCGACAAUUCAAAUGCCAUUGUUCCUGAGGCACAACCUGUUUCACCUAGUGCUAUAGAUUUCUCGCAGAGAAACACAUCCACAACGAAGUCCUACAAUCCUGGUUAUAGCUUUGAUCCAAACAGGUUACGGAAAAGAGAGGAAAGUAAGUCACUUGGAAAUGGUUCAAUUGGUUUCAACAAGGACCGAGAAGAAAUAUCUUUUUCCAGUUCAUACGCACCUUCUCAAGGAACAAAUAUUACAACGUUAACCUCUAAAGACGAUGAAGAAGACAAGAAGCCAAACAUGGCAAAGAAGCGUGUGAUGGAAACAGUCAAACUUGUGGUGGUCUUAAUUUGCAUGGCGAUGGGGAUAACAGCAGCAGUAGUUCUUGCAACGCAAUAUGGCGAUCCUCCACCGGAAACCCAGAGACAAGUACAACCGAAAAAGUUUGAUUGUGUAUUAAAUUCUAGUGGAAUGGCGAAGACCGGUAGACUGAAAUUUAACUCAAGCAUCGUGAUUACUUGUGACUAUGAAGAGAAUAUGAAUAUUGUUAACUCUUCUAUAAUCAUGGAAUUUACACCGAAAUAUUAUUUUGUUCCGUCACAGGAUAAAAUUGAAAUUAACAGCACACUUCAAUCUAUCCCGUUUCGGGAUGGAAGAUGGGAAAUUCAAUUUUCCACCAAGAAAAGUAAUUCUAUUGAAUUUCGAAGAGAUCCUGUGAAAUGUGGUGGAGACGGAAAAUAUGAAUUGACUUUAAUUACAUCAGAAGAUAGCUUCCCCAGCCAUGUGGAUAUCGAAAUUGACAGUAAAACAUCAGCCGUUCAAUUGAAGGUUGGACAAACAGAGGAUGAUGGGAAUUACAAGAUUACGUGUUCUUCCACUAGCGAUUGUACACCUAUGCCAAUUACUUUACUAGGAACUAUGGGAAAUAAAGUUGGUCCACUUUAUGGUGUAAAUUUCACGUGCAUUGUCAAAUAUAACGAGUACGAUGGAUGGUCUGUUAGCUGUACCGGAAGUAUUCCCAAAGAUGUUGUAAGUAGUAUCAACGAGGUCACAUGUCGUCCUGUUCUACUAAACGAAGCCGAGGCUAACACUACGGAAGCCAAAGUUCCUAAAGAUGUACUUCUCUGCCAAAACGAUGAAGAUUGUACCUUCAAAUGUCCCCAGAAAAAUGAAGACAGAUAUUAUACAGAUCCAAAGUACUGCAACAUAUUUCACAGAUGUGUCGGCGAGCGUCUUUACACCGCCCCCUGUGGAAAGGGGACGUAUUUCUCAAGUGAAACAUGCGUUUGCAGCCAUAUUAGUGACGUCACAGACUGUAACGUAGAUGGGAAUCGAGUCAAACAGUUAGGGGAUAAGAAAGUGUUGUGUGAGGAUUCGAGCAGUGGCUGACAAGAAUAAUGAAUAAACUUAAAAAUCUUUAGGUACUUAUAUGCUACAAAACACAAUACAAUUUCUAUCAUAAAUCAGUGUAGAAAGUUUUCACUUAGUUCAAGUAAUUGCGAUUAUAUCAUUACAAGUUUGUUCCAUUUAGAUGUGCAUUGUUUAUUAAUGUUAGUUAACACCAUAAGAUGUAGCUAGGAGACAAUGAUACAGAAAUACUUUCACAUUUAAAAAAAAUGUCACUUUUCUCUAGCUAUGCCUAGAUUUGUAUGAUGUAAAAAUUAUUGUAUCUUUUCUGGUUAAAGGAAAUUUCAGAAUAGAUCAUAUCUGGCUUUCACUGGGAGCAAUUUUUCGAAUUGUAAUCAUCAAUUUGAACCUGAAACUUAUGAAUAUUACCUAGAGACAGCGAAAGACGAGGAAAUAAUCAUGGGACAUUAUUUUUUGAGUAAUACACAUACAUUUUUGUAUUUAAAUGUAGACAUAUAUUUAUUGCAAGAUGAAAAUACGGGUAAGUCUUGAAAAUCAUUUAUUAAGCUGAUAUAUACACACAAUUUUAGCCUUGUAAUAAAAAAAGGCAUAAACAAACAUGUUGGCGCGAAUUUCAGAAAUAUGUAAACAAGAAGUUUGACAAGAACCAAGACACCAUUUUCUCUUUCUCAUAAACUAAAGAUAAUCAAAACGCGCAGUAUUAAUUGUUAUACAAUGAACGAAGGAUUAUUCCUCGGGCAUUAUCUCGUUAGUAAAAAUGUACAUUUGGCAUUUCACCGAAUUCCCUUUUGUCUACACAGUACAGUGGCUUGAAUUUAAUGUAUUUUUUUUAAAAAUGAAAUCCGGUUCCUAUAUGUAA